GUAUGGAGCUGUGCUUAGUGGCUGUGACACACUCAGACAACAGUUUGGAACACUGGACCGCAGAUUGGAUCUGAAAUAGGAUCAUAUACAGACUCGCCCUUAAAGAGCUUGCUGAGACAUCCUUUCUUAAGAUCUUCCCUAUACUACAGACCCGUCAUGGCCAAUGAGAGGACGGCGAUCAAUCCACCGACAAAAGAUGGCCAGGAGUUGUUGAACAGCAACGCCUACGUCACCAAGAAGACAGCAGCGCAAGGGAUGCUGGACAUCGCUCUGUUAAUGGCGAACGCAUCACAGCUCAACACCUUGUUCCGGAUACCGUCGGAGCAGCGAAAUGGCAUGCACUACACAAUGAUCGUCUUCAUCUUCCUGUCCGUCAUACUUCAGACCGUCGCCGGGAUGUUCAUUGUCAUCUUGGGAUUCAGGCGCAUGCGCACUGAGAGAGAGCGUAGAACAUCGGAAGUGUUCAAUAACAUUGUUGUGGUCCUGAUAUUUUUCAUAACAAUCAUCAACAUAUUUGUCAAUGCGUUUGAUAUCAAUAUGAAACAAUGAUAAUGUCGACAGAGAGACUGGCGUUACUGAACACCAGCAAGUCCUCGCCGAUGUGUGCCGAUGAUUGCCGAUUGUCUGGCGCAGACUCAUGAUGCUACUUCCGGCUGUUCACUUGGCUCAGUUACUGCUGACACAUUUGUACAUUGGUUCUAUUUAAAUAUAUGCUACUCAACAUCUAAUAGAGAUACUGAGAUGUUAUAUUGCGCAGAAACAUAACUACCUUUUACGAGAUCAAAUAAACCUAUUUCUUUGGCCCUUUUUGAGACCACAAACUAAAAAAGCUCAAUGCAUCACUAAGUGAUUGGUCAUGUCAGAAAGA